AUGGAUCCGAGUAACAUUUUCCACCCACAUAGCACACAAACGGUCAGUGCUUCCGGAGCAGCAGAUGAAUCGCAGGUUUUACCAGCAGCUCAGGAGAACGCUAAUAACACCGUAAAUGUUCAACAAGAAAAUAAUACAGAUAAGGAACUCACAGUUACAUCAUCUGCUUCCGCUGCCGUACCACAGCACGCACCAUUGCCACCUGCCUCUGAUGACCGAACGCCUCAAAUAUCGACGGCAGUUGAGUUAGUUUUGAAAAUCCCCGUCGCAAAGCCGUCCGAAAAACGACCAAUGAAAAAAGAAAACUUGCCUAAGGCAGUAACUUGGGGAAAAUUCCGAGAAAUAUUAGAAGAAAAACGAAAGAGAAAAGAACAAGAAGAAGCAGACAAACAAGAACGAAAACGUCAACGAGAAUUAAGGAAGCAACAGAAGGAUAAGGAGCGUAAGCAGAAACUGGAACAAAAAGAGGCAAAAAAGGAAAGCUCGUGA